AUGGAUGAAGAUGAUAUGCUAAUGCUAGGUGUUGGUGCUGAGCCAACACAACAUGCUGAAAUAGAAGACCCGCUGACCGGCGGAGUAGCGAGCGAUCCAACCAUGAUUAAUGAUGAUCCUACAGCAGUAAAUGCAAAAGUCAGGCGGCCGCAGGUGAAGUUAACAGCAGAAAGACUUCUGAGUCCCAAUGGCCUCCCGUAUGUUAUGAAACAUGCGCCCAAACGCGUACGUAUCUCAAAGUCAAGGUCCACUUAUAAAAAUCUGGAACAUAUUAUUCAGUUCUAUCAGCUGUGGGCUCACGAAUUAUUCCCUAAGGCUAAAUUUAAAGAUUUUGUAAGGCUUUGCAACAGUCUGGGAAAGACAGAUGCAGAUUUAAGGAACUAUAGAACGGAACUUUUUCGCGCUGAUAUGGAAAAUCAGUUUGGUGAUGGAUAUAGAAGUGACAAACAGAAUCCCGCUAAUAACAGUCAACCAGUAACUAGCACACAACUACCAAAUAAUGAUGCGAAUAGUAAUGAUGAGAAUAAUAAUGUAGAGAACGACACCAAUCAACUGAUAACGGGUGGCCAAGAAACAACAAGGCACUUAUUUGCUAGAGAUGAAGAAGAUGAUGAUGACAGUGAUUUAUAUAGAAGUGUUCCUCCUCCUUCUUCAAUAGCUCACGAAAGUGCUACUUCAAACACACAUGCUGUUCCAACAUCAGACACGACCCUACCUAUCUCUGAUAAUAAUCCUAAGGGGGUUACCAAUAGUGAUGGUACUGUUAUUGGCAUUUCAGAAGAAGACGAAUUGCUUGCUAUGGAAGAAGAACUCAAUAAUUAUGCAACACAAAAGAUUGAAGAGCUAGGUGACGAUAAGGAUACUGGGAUUGACCCAGGCGAAGAAGAAGAUGAGGAUGCCCUUGAUGCAAUGAAGGAACUAGGAUUUUAG